CAAGAUCAGUGUGGUUUCACCAAGGGCUUAGUUUGGUCUUUCGUGCCUCACGGAAGACUGUAGCCAAGAUGGGACUGCAUCGUUCUCUUUUAUUAGUAUUUCUAGUCAUAGCAAGUCUUCUCGUUGUACACGGUAAACCGCUUGCUCAAGACCAUGACGAAAAAGAGCGGUUAAAAAGAGAAGAACCUGAAGAAGACGCACCUGAUUCUUCAGCUGAGGAACCAAAGGAAAAGGAAGAGGACAAACCAGCGGGAGAUAAACAAAACGAGUCCGCAGAGGGAGACGAAGCAAAACAGGAACUGCAAAAUGAGGAAAAACUGGAAGAUACAAAUUCUGUUAAACAAACCCCAGAAGAAUCAACUUCAAGAGAGGCGGCAGAUGAAGAGAUCGAAAGCAGCAAAGAUGAGAAACAAAAAGGUGCUAAAAGGUGGUUCCACCACGGCCAGUUUGGUGGAUGGGGCUAUCCCGGUUGGGGUGGACUUCAUGGAUUAGGAUUUGGAGGUUUUUAUCCCGGUGGAUUCUCGCCUGGCUAUGGUUUUGGUUUUGGUGCUGGAUAUGGAAUCGGAGCAGGUCUUGGCUGGCCUGGCUAUUGGUACAGGUCCACCAUACCAAAAGGCAAAAAAAACCAAGCUUCUUCUAAAAAAUUUGGGGUAGAACAUCCUUGGGGUUAUGGUCUUGGAUAUUAUGGCGGUUUUGCUGGCCCUUGGGGCGGUUAUUACGGUGUUGGACUCGGACCCUAUGGUUAUGGUUUGGGAGGUUGGCCAGGAUUUGGAUUUGCACCCAGCCCAGCAUUGUUUCCCACAUCCUUCUUCCGAUCUGGUGUUCCUACAAAAUCCAGUAAAAAGGGGGCAAACAGGAGGGAAAAUGUAGCGAAGAGGUUUUACGGCUAUGGUGGUUAUGGCCACGUUGGUGUUCCCGCUGGUUUCGGAUAUCCAGGCUGGGCUAAUUACGGACAUCCUGGAUACGGCUUCGGAGUUCCUGCCUUCGGUGGUUACAGCCCCUUCUUAGGUUAUGGGCCUUUCGGUUCCUGCUUCUAUAAGUCCAACAUUCCUAAAGAUGAGAAAGACAGCGGUAAAACAAAGCGCGACACAACAGGCAAAGCGGACAAAAAAUGCUGUGGAGGUUGUGGUGGAUUUGGAGGUUGUGGUGGAUGUGGUGGGUGUGGUGGAUGUGGUGGAUGUGGGGGUUGUGGUGGAUUUGGAGGUUGUGGUGGUUUUGGCGGCUGGGGUGGAUUGGGAGGAUGUGGUGGAUUUGGAGGGAUUGGGCAUGGACUAGGGUAUGGAGGGUUUGGCCACGGUGGGUGGGGAUGGGGCGGAUAUGGUUUACCUUUAUACGGUGGCUUGGGCUUUGGAGGCUUCGGAGGCUUCGGUGGAUGGGGCCCAGGCUGUGGCUUCUACAGAUCCAAAAUUUCAGAAAAGGAUAAAAAGCAGCAGCCCGAGACUAAACCAAAACGGGAAGCCGAUGACGACAAGCCUGUAGAAGACAAAGGAGAAGAAGGACAAACAGCAGAAAGCGGAGAAUCAAAUGACGAUAAAAAAGAAAAGAAUGCUUGCGGUUGUGCACCACCAUCAGACAACCCUGGCAAUAACAAGGCUGGAAAAAGAUACUGUUGUGGCGGCGCUGGAUAUCUUGGAUUGCCUUUCUAUGGAGGGUAUGGAGGAUAUGGAGGAUAUGGAGGGUAUGGCGGACUUGGAUAUGGAGGAUACGGAUUAGGAUACGGCUAUGGGUAUCCUUUCUUCGGCGGGCUGGGAUAUGGCGCCUUAGGAUAUGGAUUGGGCUACGGUCGUGGCUUCACUGGUUGUGGCCUACCCUGUGGAGGCGAUGUUGAGGUCCUAGAUCCAUGUGGAAGUGGGUACAAUACAGUGGCUGGUCCAUUUGGCUGUGCUUCUUGUUGUGGAAAGUCAAAGAUCUCUGGAGAAAAGAAGGAGGCACCGAAAGGAAAGAGGAGUGCUGAAGACGAAAAGAAGAAAGAAUCCAAGCGGUGUGGUUGUGGUGGUUGUGGUGGUUGUGGUGGAUGUUGUGGAUGUGGCAAUAACGGUGGCCUUGAUUACAUACUAGGUGGACUUGGCGGAUGUGGCGGAUGUGGCGGAUGUGGCGGAUGUGGCGGAUGUGGCGGAUGUGGCGGAUGUGGCGGAUGUGGCGGAUGUGGCGGAUGUGGCGGAUGUGGCGGAUGUGGCGGAUGUGGCGGAUGUGGUGGUUGUCACGGUGGAUGGGGGUGUCAUGGAGACUGGUAUGGCGACAUCGGACAUUGUGACUGGUUUGGUGGCUGUGGAGGAUGUGGAGGAUGUGGCGGUUGGGGAUAUGGGCACCACGGAGGAUGUGGAGGAUGUUGUCAUGGAGGAUGCGGAGGAUGUGGACAUGGAUGUGGGGGAUGCGGUGGAUGUGGUGGUUGCGGAAUCUUCCGAUCUAAGCUGGCUAAAAACAACAAAGAACAACCAGAAGAGCAAUCCAAAGACAGCCCCCAGGCAGCCAAAGAGAACAAAUCUCCCCCUAAGGCCAAUAAAAAGGACGAAAAGGCAAGCAAACGAUGGGGACUAUGGGGGGGUUGUGGAGGAUGUAGCGGGCUGGGUGACCUAGGUGUAGGACCAUGGGGUGGUUGUGGAGGACUUGGUGAUUGGAACUGGGGUGGAUGUGGCGCCCUUGGAGGCUGGGGUGGCUAUGGCGGUUACGGAGGUUGUGGAGGUUGUGGAGGUUGUGGAGGUUGUGGAAGUUUCGGAGGUUGUGGAGGUUGUGGUGGCUGUGGCUUCGGAGGUUAUGGUGGCUUUGGAGCUCCUUGUCUUGGAGGUGGACCCACACCCAUUGGAGGUGGACCCUGGACGUUUUUCAAUGAAGGGUGCUGCAAAUCUAACGUGGGUGCCCAAGGUUCUUCUGAUAAUGCUCAUGAUGAAAAAUUGCCGUCGAAAGAGGCGGCGCCAUUGUCAGUAAAGCCAGCUGGUGGGGAACCCUCACAGGGAGAUAAAACAAAUGUUGCUGCAGCUGCGGUGGCCAGCGCUGCAAAGCCUGGUCAACCAGUAUCAGUACCUGCCAAAGCUCAAGAUCAGCCAGCAGCCCAGGGGAAGGCAUCUAAACGCUGUGGAAUCCCCUUUGGGGGCUGCGGGGGCUGCGGCUGUGGAGGUUGCGGAGGUUGCGGAGGUUGCGGAGGAUGCGGAGGAUGCGGAGGAUGUGGAGGAUGUGGAGGAUGCGGAGGAUGCGGAGGUUACGGAUUAGGAUUUGGAGGAUACGUUGGCGGCUUAGGACUUGGUCAUGGAUUUGGUUUCCCAGGCUAUGGUUAUGGACUCGGAUAUCCAGGUUAUGGAUAUGGCUACGGAUACCCAUUCUGGUUUGCCCGAUCAAAAGUUCCUCAGAAGAAUAAGGACGUUAAGCCGAACACUCGUGGAGAGAUCCCUGUGGCAGCUGAUUACUCCGAGCAUAAGAAACAAACUAUUCAUCUAGGUUAUGGCUAUGCCAGUGGCGACAACUACCGUCUUGGAUAUGGAUUCGGAGGAAUGGGAGGCUUAGCUGGCUAUCAUGGAGUUGGUGGUGUAACUGGUACAUCCGUGUAUCGUUCCAAAAUCCCUAAGGGAAGCUUGAAAGGAUUUAAAAGAUGGGGUUGGGGACAUGGAGGAUUCGGACAUGGAGGAUUUGGUCACGGACACGGAGGCUGGGGUUACGCCGCACCUUAUGGCCACCCCAUCACACAUCCUGGAUUUACUAGCAUUGGUUUCCCUGGUCAUGCCUUGGCAACAUUCGAUGUUAAAAAUAGCAUUGCCCAGAAACGGGGAAAACAAAAGCGGCAAAUAGUUCCAUUUGGUGCGGUUGGUCCUGGACCACUGGCUGUACCCUCCUCUCUCCCGGCCGCGCUACCCGCAGCUGCUGUUACGCCUCUGGCACUUCCUGCCACCUACCACGCCCCACUGUUUGCACCAGUCGCACAUCAAGUCGCGGCUGUACCAUCAUUCGCCGCUGUGCCCGCAACUGGCGCCCUGCCUGCGGCUACGCUACCCGUUGGCCUACACCUGGGUGGACCUGCCAUUGGAGGACUUGCCAUUGGCCGCUCCAAUAUGCCGCAGGGUCAGCCUUUUGCACCCUUUGGAAAUAUCAAGAGAUCAGAAAUGCCGAAAGAGUGAAUAGAACAAACCAAAAUAGGUUGAAAAACACAGCAGAAGAACUCCAUCAUACAAGAAAUCAAAAGAAAUAUGGAUAAAUUUUGUUUUUGUAUCGUUAGAAAAGUAAAGCUUUGUAGAGAGGUGUUACAGGAAAUUUUGUAACCAUCUACGAAGUGAGUCACCGUCGGAGUACUUUACCAGAGACAUUUUUAAUUCUAAAGCGUCAAAAAAUAAAUUGAUAUUAUUGAUUUACA